AUGCCGCUUUGGAACAAAGUCAAGGAGUUCUUCAAGAAGAUUGAAAUCGGUGAAUUCCGUUUGGCGGAGAAAGUCGAGGAAAAGGCAGAAAUAGCACUGGCACGGAUUCUCAAUGUUCCAGAAUUUGUGGAAAAAUACUUGGAUAUUGAUACGAGACUCCGCCUCCGUAAGACGUGUAGCCUCUUCCGGGAAAUUAUCUAUGAAAAAAGACUGCAAAUAGAUUAUCUCCGCUACACAUGCAGUGGCAAUUCUAUCGAGAUAUAUACAAAGAAAGGCUUCAAGGUCCUUUAUGAAAGCAUUCAUGGAAAAUUGAGAGUGACAAAUGGGGAUAGAGUAAGAGUUAUAAAUGCGAAAAACGAAACUGAGAAGAUUGAGAUAAUUCAACGGGAUUUGAUGUCGAUUCUUGGUAGUAAAAAGCUGAGAAUUGACACUAUAAGAAUCGAACACCAGCGGCCAUCUCAUUUCGUUGACGAAUAUUGUUAUUGGCGCUCACUUGGUUCACAAGGGGAGCAACCUUUGACUGGAAUGAUAGCUCUACAAAACACUUUCAACCUAGUUCCCAACAAAGUGAAGAUCAGCAAGUUGGAGUACUGUAUUGACGAAGAGACCGACGUUUUCAUAGAAACAAUGAAGACGAUAGACCCGGAUCAUCUCCAAUUCUUUCAACUCAUACGAUCUGGUCAUGACUGCUGGACCCCAUUUGUGAAUUUGUAUAAUCUGGAACAAUGGAGACGUUUGAAAUCGUUAGAUGUUCGUUGUCCUCAACUGACAGUAUCGAACAUUAUCAGAUUCUACACUCAUUUCGAGAAUGCCCAUUUGAACAUUGGCAGUUUUCACGAUAUUUCUGACGAGACGCCUUUACAAAAUUCGAUAAUGAUGAUUAAAGACAAACUCCUUCAAAACCCAAAUUUGAAACAAUUCAAAGUAAAAUCAAGGUAUUGCAUGAGUGAUACUGAUUUUGAAGAAAUAAACGCGAGUCUCCAACAAUACAACACCAACAAUGCUCCGUAUCAGUGCUGGGUUAGCAUUCCAUACCCGGAUUCUGAUAAGAAGCUGCAAUUGUUAGUGAAGAAGAGGAUUAUAUGGUUCAAGGGACCGUGCUAUGUCGAGGAAGAGGUGAAAGAAGAAAACGCUGAAGAAAUCGAAGAUGACGAUUGGUGA